AUGGUGCAGACCGAGGUUAAGGGCUCAAAGGUGAGCACGAAGAGCGGGAAGAGGAAGGCGAAGGAGUCGAGCGAUGAAGAGGAAGUACUGACCAUCAAGCCGCCAAAGAAGAAGCGCGUGACGAAGGAAUACAAGAGCAAGGAGUUCAUCGAAAGCGAAGAUGAGACUCCGGCGCCGCCUUCCAAUCUACCCGCCAAGCAGGGGACUCUAAUGCCGGUGUUGCAAAGAUGA